AUGCGCUCAUGGCAUCCGCAUUGCGCGAAAUUUCUCGACAAUCUCAUCGCACGGGAAGCAAUACCCACGGAGCAGCCCGUUCCCUGCGUUGAGUGCCACAGGACCACAAACCCGGGCGUAUACCGAUGCGAAGACUGCCACGGAGAUCGCAUGUUGUGUGCACAGUGCCUCGUUGAGUCGCAUAAAUGGCUACCUUACCAUAAUAUCAGAGCGUGGAAGGAUGACUGCUUCCAGUCGAUAACGCUGCAAGAACUCGGCCUCAGAAUUCAGUUAGGGCACCCCGACGGCUCUGAAUGCUCGCAAGCCGUCCCGGCUCACCAGAAUUUCCUGGUCUUCGAUACCACCGGAUAUCACUACGUCAACCUAUCAUACUGUCAAUGUAAAUUCCCGAAUGUACAAUCUGCGCGCGACCAACUUCUCAACAUCGGCCUUUACCCUGCCUCAAGCAAACAGCCGCGAACCGCGUUCACGUUUCGGUUUCUGGAUAGCUUCCACCGGCUCACACUUCAGGGCAAGAUAACCCUUCACGACUUCUUGUUGGCUAUAAUACACACGACUGACAGCGCUGGACUUCGAGACCGUGUGUUCCGCUAUCAUGAAGCAACCUUGGCGACACGCCAAUAUUUUUAUCUGCUUCGCCUCAAGCGAGCAGGACGUGCGCACGUCCCAAAUGGGGUUUCGGAGGUCCCAUCAGGAGCCCUGACUGUCCUCUGCCCGGCAUGUCCGCAGCCGCUCUGGAAUCUCCCGGAUAACUGGGAGCAAUACCCGCCAGAAGUCAAAUGGUUAUACACGCAGUUCGUCGCGCUGGACGCAUGUUUCAAGUUGAAGAACAAAAACCGCAACACCGACGAUGCGGAUAUAGGAAGCGGCGAGGGUUACUUUGUGGAGGAGAAAAAAUACCAAGAACAUCUUGCAGCCUACGUCGAAGAACCCGAGCAACCGGAUCCGUGCGACUCCAACUUCAGCGCAAUCAAAAGUAUCAACGCUACGAAAUCGCGGACAGAUGUCAUGGCGGUGUCAGGCGCAGCUGCUGCAAAAUGCAGUAGACAUGCAAUGAUGCUACCCAGCGGCGUCGCUGACUUACAGCGUGGAGAGAAAUUCGUUACCAUCGAUUAUGUUUUUUGGAACGCGCUGAAACGUACGGGUGUGUCGAUCCCCGUCACUGUCAGUUACGACCUUGCAUGCCAGUGGAAGAAAAAUUUAUGGCGAAGACACAUGAAGUUACCGGCUCCCUUCGCAUCCCUCGGCGGCAUGAAAAUCAGAUAUUUCAUUCCCAACAUGCACAUCCGCGAUCACAAGACCAAGUGCAGGACAGAACUGUACUUCCUUCUACACAUGUUUUGUGCGCUCACGCAUGGAGAGACGGUGGAGCAGGAAUGGGCCCAUAUUGGGGGUUUAGCAACAAGUACUGUGGAAAUGGGCCGAAGUGCGCGGCAUCUCACCCUCGACGACCAUUGGAGCCACUGGAACUUCCGGAAAAUGGUCGGUUUCGGUGACGCGUUUCGUAAAUCGCUCGUCAAUACCAUGGAGGAGGGGCUCAAGCAUCGCGAUGUCCUCGCUGACUUCACCCAGCGGUUCGAGCCGGAGACGAUCAAAGGCUGGGAGGUGAUGAUUCAUCGUUGGGAAUCCGAUCCAUCCCAACCAAACCCAUACGAAGAGAUUGAAGAAGCCAUCAGCGUCAACAAACUCCGUCAGGAACUUGCGAAGGAAGACGAGGUGAAUACAAGUUCGAACAAGACAGCGCUCCAUCAGACUUCUCCCAGCGCGUUUAUCCAACAAGGUUUCGCCUUACUCACUCAGCGACGCAAACUCAAGUUCAACGGAGAUGAUACCAAAAGUAGCGCAAAUGAAGGGGCGAAGGCAAAUUUACAGGAGAAACGUGCCGCGUUCCGUCGCCGGGCCUUCGAAUUCUACGAAGUUCAAAAUGUUUAUAUGCCCGGUUCGAUCACGCUACGGUCAGAGCAACUCAGUGGAGAGGACGGGUCUGGGAUGACGAAGAAAGCUGAAGACCUCCCGAUACUGUUGCCGUCGGAUCUGGACGAGCCUCGCCGGGAUUGCGGAUGCCUUGGCGGAGUCACAGAUACCGAGAGACGGUUUGCUGACGCAAUGAUGAAGGAUAGCCUCAUCAAUGUUCGACGUUAUCUUCGAACGUUGACGACGCUCAGGCAAAAGACGAAGCAUACCGCUGGCACACGUACAGGCCAACGCGAAGGGACUCGAUCUCGUAGUCUCAUUGAUAUCGUGUCACGUAGGCUCCAGCUGGCGGCGGACUCUUAUCGCAUGGCAUACAAGUCUCUUUCACGACUUGAUCCCACCGGUACCUGGGUCUCGCGAUAUAAAGAGCUUCGCAAGGACGAUCUACGUGGUCCUUAUCGUGAUGACGCAAUCCCCAACGAGAAAUCAGAGCGGCACCGCACUCCAUCUUGGAUAUGGACUCUUCCUUCCGGCGACCAAUCCAGCGGUGCUACGUCUACCGAAGUGACGGACAAGAAGGGUGGUGAGCUCUACCUUCGGGGUGAAUGGGCGCGGCAGCGUGCGAGGGUUCUGAGGCACGACGAGGAGCUAGUCCUGCUUCGGGAGGAAAUGCGACGAGUACUGACUUUUCUGCGAAACAAGUCCCAAUGGUGGCAGGAGCAGUGGUCGUGCAGGGUCAAGUCAAAAGACACACUCCUUGCGGCUGGCUCGCGGAUCGCUCGGGGUCUUCGAGCAUAUGGAUUACGGCAAGCACAUAUUCACCUUGACCUUGCGAAGGUGUUCGCUGGUCGGUGGAUCCCACUUUUGAAGCACCACAACCUCGGUCAAGAUUGGAUCCUAGAAUACGAAGACUUGGUGCCCUCGGAUUCAGGUGAGCAUUGA